AUGAAGGUCACUGGAGCCCAGCACCUCCCAGCUUGCUUCAGACAGUUGCCAUCCACCAGAAAAUGUCAUCUUCCUGAUUCACCAUCCAAAUUUUCACGAUUUCACAUCAGGUCUAUACGGGACACAGAAGUCUACCCCCAAAAAGUUGAGAUAUCUAAAAUUACCACUCAAAGUUUUUACAUGCUGGGCUCGGCCCUUCACAUUCAACUUCCCAUUCUGUGA